AUGAAAGCCUUCAAACGAGCUCUGGAGUGCGAUGAGCCCAGCCUCUCCUCCCCCAUGUCGGACAGCGAUGAUGGCUUCCCCCUGGACCUGUCCGGAACCGUGAAGCGCAAACGUAGAGGGAACCUGCCCAAAGAGUCUGUGCAGAUCCUCCGGGACUGGCUCUACGAACACCGCUUCAACGCCUACCCGUCCGAGCAGGAGAAGCUGAGUCUGUCUACACGGACGCAUCUGUCAGUGCUGCAGAUUUGUAACUGGUUCAUUAACGCUCGCCGGCGCCUCCUGCCUGACCUGCUGCGUAAAGAUGGCAAAGACCCCACCAAGUUCACCAUCUCCAGGAGGGUGGGCUCAAAGUCUCCCGAGCCCUCUGUCGCCACUCCCCAGCCGACCCCAGCCCAGAGGCCCUUCGUCCUGCCUCCCACCGUCCGCCUGCUCGCCCCCGUGAACGUCCUCAGAGCUCGGGAGGCGCUGCUGCGGCUGGAUACGCAGAGUCUGCUGCAGGAGGCGGAGGAGCAGAGCGGGGCCCGGCCGGUCUUCCACACCCCCCCACCCACACCCCCCGAGCUGCUGCCCACACACGACUUCAGCGACCUGCAGCUGCUGGUAGAUGUGGCGCUGCAGCGGAGGGGAGGAGGAGCAGCAGCAGAGGAGAUCUUGGACCCAUCUCGAGCCCAGCUGCUGAUGGAGGAGGCCAUGUCUGCGCCUUCACCUGCCGCCUGCAUCUCUCCCUCGCAUAGACCUCCCACCUCCUCCCCCAUAUCGCCGUCACCUGCCCCCCCAACACCGGCCACCCUCCCCUCUGCCCGGCUCCCGUCCUCCGUGGUCAUCGCCGCACCCACGUUUAUCUUCGGCGCCUUGGAGAAAGACAAGCUCCAGCCUCCUCCCUCAUCCUCCCCCAGUGUCAGCCUGGUCUCCCCUAAGCCCUCCCCCUCUCCACUCGGCCUCCCCCUUUACCUCCCCCUGCACAAGUACCCGCUCCCCACUCCGGACUCCAGGCAGAGCGCGCAGAUCAAAGUGGUUUGGGCACAACGUCUGCACCAAGAAACCGUCAAUUAA